AUGCAAAAUGUUAAGCAGUUUGCAAUUCAUGUAUCAAUAUUAUGUUUUCAAAUAAAUGCGAAAACCUCGGAUUUAAAUCCGAGUGUUAUGUGUACUUCAAAAAGUGAUAAAUCACCAAUAUUAAUAGCUAUCGAGUUCGGGUUUUUACCUUUCGAUAGUCCUUUUGCUAUUCUAUUAAUCUAUUUAUCGAAACACAUCUUUCGUCAAUAUCCUAUUUCAAGUUUAACAUUAACAAUAUUCAAUUGUGUUAUUUCGGGAUUGUUUGCUUCAACUAUUGUACCAUUUCUAUCGAAACCUUCAACAAACAUUCAAACAUCAACAAAUCCAUUAUUACCAAUAUCUCGUUUGAUUCUUAUAUCGGGACUAUUUUCAGCAUUUAUAACAUUUAGUAAUUUAUCAUUGCAACAUAAUACUAUCGGUACAUAUCAAUUAAUUAAAUUACAAGUUCCACCAACAUUAAUGCUUAUCGAAUGGAUUCAAUUACAAUUCGGAUUUAAUUCUCAAAUAUUAACAAAAGAAAAAUUUUCUCAAAAUUAUUCUCUAUCAGUUUUAUUGAGCUUUGGCAUUAUUGUUCUCGGAACGUUGGUUAAUACAUAUUCUGACUUUUAUUUUCAUCCGUUAGGUGUUACUUAUGCUUGUAUUAGUGUUGUUUGUAACGCACUAUAUCAAGCAAUGGUACAAGCACAUACAGCACCAUCAACCUAUGAACGAACACGUUUUCUACAAUAUCAAACAAUAAUAUCAUCGAUUUUAUUAUUUCCUUGUUGGUCAUUUAUUGAUUCGUCAUUUAAUUCUGAUUGGAAGAUUUUCUUUGGAUGGCAUGUAUUUGCAUUGUUAUUGUUAUGCGGUAUACUUGCGUUCUUUGUUAAUUCAAGCGUUAUAUGGUGUAUAAAAGAUGAUGCUGCAAUAGGAUAUAAUAUGGUUGGACAAUUAAAAACCUUAUUGAUUGCAUUUGUUGGUUCAGCAGUAUUUAGUGAAUCGUUAUCAUUGAGACAAAUAAUCAGCAUUUUAGUUACAUCAAUGGGUUGUAUGGUUUAUGUCUAUACUACGUAUAAAACUAAAGAACGUCAAAAGCGUCAAGAACAAUUAUUAGUUCCUACUUGA